AGCUCGAAUGGAAAUGUCCGUCUCUGUCUGAUUUUUUAUUUGUUGUCUGAGUGAAUGAGGGCUGCUCAUCAGGAAGUAUCCAGCGGUUGAAACUUAAUAAACCACUAUUUGACAUUUCGGCCCGGCCACGUCUCGCUCCGCUCUGUACGACAAAGAGCAGGCCGACGCCGUGUCUGCAGGCGCGAGUUUCAGUAGACUUGGACAAUGGGGACGUACUCAAGGGGCACUAUGUACCUGAAUAGGUUAACCACAGAAGAUGGACGGAGACAGCUCGACCACCGACGCCUCCCAGCUGGGCAUCACUGGGGAGUACAUGGCAUCCGGUCACUACGUCCUCCAGUCCCAAGAUGAUGACGGAGAGGAGAAUCUGAAUGACCACGACGAUGGCGGCAUCAAGGAGAAUUUCAGAGAGCAGGACAUCUACCUCCCCAUUGCUAACGUGGCUCGCAUCAUGAAGAACGCUGUUCCUCAGACCGGAAAGAUCGCGAAAGACGCCAAGGAGUGCGUGCAGGAAUGCGUGAGCGAGUUCAUCAGCUUCAUCACGUCGGAGGCGAGCGAGCGCUGCCACCAGGAGAAGAGGAAGACCAUCAACGGGGAGGACAUCCUGUUCGCCAUGUCCACGCUGGGCUUCGACAUGUACGUGGAGCCGCUGAAGCUCUACCUGCAAAAGUUCAGAGAGCAGCCCAGCUGGCAACAGACAGAGCACCAAGCAGCUGGGUUGCCAGAUGUGUUGGGAACUUCAACAAGAACAUGGGCCAUGAAGGGGGAGAAGGGGAUUCCCGGAGUGGCGGUGGGAGACGGCCUGGGAGACGAGCUCACAGACGACAGCUUCACAAAUCCACUGCCGGCUGGGAUCAUCACAGCGGACGGUCAGCAGCAGAACGUCAUGGUGUACACCACCUCGUAUCAACAGAUUCCCACCGUGCAGCAGAUCCAGUUUUCAUGACGAGGCCUUGCCCCCGAGCCUGAACACAGCGGCUGGAUGACCUCCGACCCCGCCACAGGGUAAAGGUCAUCAGACGGAGGAGGAGGAGGAGGAGGGGGUCGCAGAAACCCUCAUGUACAAAUCACUACCUGUUCAGUAGAAAGUGUAGUCCCUAGUUGUGAGGUACCAAAUGUUUUGGAGUGCAUCCAAACCAGCUGUGAAAAAUCAAGGCUUUAUUUUAAAGGCUAGUCUUAUUACAUGAUUUAGUGGUCAAAUUGUUUUUUGUGUGCGUGUGUUGCUUUUAUGCAUUUCUUUCUUUUGGGGGGAGGGGGGCGGUAUAAUGGGAAGUGUAUUGGAUGUUUAUUUUGGAACACCUGUUUUGAACGGAGAGGAGGCCCGUUGUUACUGUCACAUCAGAUCAUGCAGCUCUUUUGUAAGUUAACACGAUGUACCAUGUGCUUUAAUGUUAUGUAAAUCCUUUGAAUAAAAAUUCAAAAGUGAUGUUUAAAA